AUAGAAUACUUAGAUCCCUUCAAUGGCAUGACUCGUUUUUCAAGUCGCAAUGGAGGAGAAGUUGAACAAACUCUUGGUGAUUCCGAUUCUGGGGGUUAUUUUUGUUAUGAUCGGAUACCAGUAUAUAUGCCCCGCUGGUAGUAACUCAUGUCACUUCAGCACCGGGGAAAAGUUGAGUGAUGUGUACAGAAAACAUUCCUGGAACGACAUUUUCGUGGACCGAGAGAACGACAAAGACGGUUCUUCUAAGAUCCAGUCCAAAUUCAAUUUCACUGACCGAGACCUUGAACGCCGCAUAGACUUUAACAUCAAAGGAGACGACGUUAUUGUGUUUCUACACAUUCAAAAGACAGGGGGGACCACUUUCGGACGACACCUUGUUAAAAACAUUAAACUCGAGCAACCAUGCGACUGCAUGCCUGAACAGAAAAAAUGCACAUGUCACCGUCCGGGCAAAGAGGAAUCGUGGCUGUUCUCCAGGUUCUCAACGGGGUGGAGUUGUGGGUUGCACGCAGACUGGACCGAGCUCACGAACUGUGUGCCAGUAGUGAUGAAUAAAAAAGACAAGAAGAAUGUCCAGAGGAAUCGACGGAACUUCUACUACAUCACCAUGCUGAGGGACCCGGUCUCCCGCUACCUGAGCGAGUGGAAGCACGUGCAGCGUGGGGCCACCUGGAAGACCGCCCUCCACACGUGCGAUGGCCGCUCACCCACCGAAGACGAGCUGCCUGCCUGUUAUCACGGCGACGACUGGACGGGCGUCACCCUGAACGGGUUCAUGGACUGCCCCUCCAACCUGGCCAACAACCGGCAGGUGCGCAUGCUGGCCGACCUCAGCCUGGUGGGCUGCUACAACCUGUCCUCCAUGAGCGAGCAGGAGCGUGGCCGCGUCCUGCUGGCCAGUGCCAAGGCCAACCUCCGGAACAUGGCCUUCUACGGCCUGACAGAGUUCCAGCGCAAGACACAGUUCCUGUUUGAGCGGACGUUCGGCCUGCGCUUCAUCCAGGCCUUCACGCAGAUCAACAGCACGCGGGCGUCCAGCGUGGGCGUCGGGGAAGGGGCGUUGCGGCGUCGCAUCGAGGGCCUCAACGCGCUGGACGUGGAGCUGUACGAGUACGCCAAAGAGCUCUUCCUUCGGCGCUACCAGUACAGCCGCCAGAGACAGCACUUGGAGGAAAGGCUGAGGCGGAGGCUGGCGAGGAAGAGGCAGCACACAGCCUCCGCCUCGCAGCGCAGGAGGCUUGAGGAAGACGAGGCGGUAGGGACCACUGAGGACUACGGUAGCCAAGUGGUACGCUGGUGAGAGGAGAACUGGGUGUGUAGCAGAUGGCCGAGGGGGAGGAAAGGCUGUCUUCUCCAGUUGUUUUCCCUUCUAUCUCCCCCCGUUUCUCUCUCUCUAGUUCUUCUCCAAAUCUGGAACUCUCUAAGCAGCUCCAUCUUGGACUCGCCUGUACUUUGGCGGCCAUGAGGCCCGCUCUAUUACAGCUAUGCAGAUGAGUCUUGCCAGAGUUAUCUUGGACUGACCACUCGUGUCUUACUGUGUUUGAUGUAUGCUUUUAGUCAAACUAGUCAUAAGGCA